CUCAAAUACUCAAUUUCGUCGACUCGCUAACUAUUCAGGCGAACUCGGGUUUGCCAAAACUGGAAUUUGUUCGGCUGGGACCCACAUACAUCAGACAGUGCAAUUGUGCAUGUUCCCAAGCGACACCACCUUCCACGGUUCCACCGAUAAUGACGAUUUCCUGCGACGGAAAGGUAAUCUACAACCUUGACUACCGAUCGAAGAACGACGAUGCGUGGUACACCUCCGGCGUCGUUCUCGAAAAUGGAAAGCGGCUGCGCGUCAAGUUCGAGGAUUUCAAGUCAGGCGACGCUGAUGAGGUAUUCUCUAUGGGUAGUUUCUCCAAACACGAUGAACUGGAAGAAUUUCUCCGUAGAUUUCGUCCGGUGUCCGUGCCGGUCGAGGAGAACGAGUGCUCCACAGUGAUCGAAGGCAUGACGGUGUGUGCUACUUAUAAAGGCGAUGGAUCAGUUCGAUACUUCGACGCCAUUGUUGAUGGUGUUUGCUACAAAGAGCAUAAACCUGAGAAGUGCUUAUGCACUUAUCUACUAUGCUGGAAACAUGGCCCUGGUGAAGGCAUCGUAACUGCAGAAAGUAUUGUUGAUAUAUGCUUCAUUAUGUCUGGUGCCCCUGAUCACAGAGUUACUGACUUUGCAAAGCUUGUGAAGGAAAAACUCUCUUCUCAAUCUAGUCUCACACCCAAGACUCCAUUUCUGUCCAGAAAAACAAGCUCAAACCAAACUCUUAACAAGUUACAGGAAUUCAGUGGUGAUGGAGACAGUUGUUUUGGUGGAUUCUCUGAAGAGAAGGGAAGAUUCAAGAUUGAACUAAUUGAUCAGGACAGAGACAUGGGAGGUGUCAAAGAAACUGAAUCUCAUCAUUUCAUAAUAUUAGAGAAUCUGGAGAAAGAUCUAUCUCCAGUCUUGAUGAAAGACUUCAUAUAUGAACAAACUUCAAUCACAACACAUACUUAUGUUUUUCAAAGCCUGUCAACUGAACCAUAUGCAAGAGGAGUAAUUAUUGUGGAUAGCAAACAAAAGCUGAAGAGGAUACAUGAAUUUAUAAGCAAUCCAAAUCAGUUUAUUGUAUCUACUUUUUCUGGAAGGCCAUGGGUUAUAGCUGAAGACAUGCUUAGAGCUGAAACUUUCAACAUAAUGCAGAUCCUGCAGCCAAAGUCUGAGAAGAAAAAAACAGGAGAGAAGUUAAUGGUGACUUGUGAAGAGGUUAGAUAUGGAGGAGAAGAAGAAAUGGCGUUCAUCCAGUACAAACUAGUUACUAAUUCAGGUGUAGUAAAAGGUGCAAGAGGUGAGUUGUAAUUUUGUAAAGCAAAACUUAAUGUUAAUAUAACAAAAGUCUAUUUGGAUCUGGUUGAAAAGCAAUGGGUAAGUAGUUUUAUGGUGGGUAAAAUUUAAG